AUGGGGUGUAUCCCCUGUUGUUUUAGAUCAUCAAAGAAUGAAGAACAUAAUGGUACAAGAAAUGGAGUUAAAGGUUUUUCAAAUGAGGGUUCAUUCAAAGACAAUUCAGCAAACAGUCGUGUAAAUAGAGUGAGUUCAGAUAGAUCAAAGUCGCGAGGUAGUAAUGAUCCUAAAAAGGCAACUUCAAUCCCGAAAGAGUCGAAUAUUGCUGCACAAACGUUUACCUUUCGUGAGCUGGCUGCAGCUACAAACAACUUCAGACCAGAGUGCUUGGUUGGAGAAGGUGGGUUUGGACGUGUCUACAAAGGUCAUCUCCAAGGCACAGAACAGGUGGUAGCUGUUAAGCAGCUUGAUCGAAAUGGGCUUCAAGGAAAUCGAGAAUUUUUGGUGGAGGUUCUAAUGCUUAGCCUUUUGCACCAUCCAAAUCUCGUGAAUUUGAUAGGUUACUGUGCUGAUGGUGACCAACGACUUCUGGUGUAUGAGUACAUGCCAUUGGGAUCCCUGGAAGAUCAUUUACAUGACCUUCCAGUGGGUAAGGAACCACUGGACUGGAACACGAGGAUGAAGAUUGCUGCAGGGGCAGCUAAGGGCAUAGAAUACUUGCAUGACAAAGCCAAUCCUCCUGUUAUAUACCGAGACCUGAAAUCCUCUAACAUCCUCCUCGAUGAGGGCUUCUUUCCCAAGUUGUCUGAUUUUGGGCUCGCAAAACUGGGUCCCGUCGGUGAUAAAACCCAUGUCUCGACUAGGGUGAUGGGCACGUAUGGUUACUGCGCCCCUGAGUAUGCUAUGACCGGUCAACUUACGUUGAAGUCCGAUGUUUAUAGCUUUGGAGUGGUCUUCCUUGAGAUCAUUACAGGUCGAAGGGCGAUUGACAACACAAAAGGUCCAGCGGAGCAUAAUCUCGUUUUAUGGGCCAAACCGCUUUUCAAGGAUAGGAGGAAGUUUGCAAAAAUGGCGGACCCUCUACUGGAAGGGCGGUACCCAAUGCGAGGGCUUUACCAGGCAUUGGCAGUGGCGGCCAUGUGCUUGCAGGAGCACGCCGCCACAAGACCCCUGAUGAGGGAUGUUGUGACAGCCCUCACCUACUUGGCCUCGCAACAUUACGACCCGUGCCACCUCAGCGCAGCACAAGCAACAAUCUACUAA